UCAAAACUCAUUGACGUGUCGUAGCUCUGAAAAUAUAAAUUUCCGAGCAGGGCAGUGAAAAUUAUUCCGUAAUUUUCAUUGAUUUUCCCGGUUUAAUAGUACAUAAAGUUAGCUCAUUACAGUCGGAAAUGAAUUGGCAUCGUAGUUUACUAUUACUGGUCGUAAUUGCGGUGGAACUGUCCAGUGCAUUGUACUUCCACAUAGGAGAAACCGAACGCAAGUGCUUCAUCGAAGAAAUUCCCGACGAAACCACAGUGAUUGUCAACUACAAGGUCGAGCUGUAUGACCCGCGAAGCGGUGGAUUCAUGCCAUCCUCUCCCGGCAUCGGAAUGCACGUCGAAGUCAAAGAUCCGGACGACAAGACCAUUCUCUCCCGAGUUUAUAGCUCCGAAGGCCGCAUAUCCUUCACGUCGCACACACCCGGCGAGCACGUAAUCUGCAUGUACUCGAACAGCACGGCCUGGUUCAGCGGUUCCCAGCUGCGAGUGCAUCUGGACAUCCAAGUGGGCGAGCACGCCAUCGAUUACGCCAACGUGGCCCAGAAGGAAAAACUGACCGAGCUGCAACUGCGCAUCCGACAGCUGCUGGAUCAAGUCGACCAGAUCACCAAGGAGCAGAACUAUCAGAGAUAUCGGGAGGAGCGAUUCCGUCAGACUAGUGACAGCACAAACCAGCGGGUGCUGUGGUGGUCCCUGGCGCAGACUCUUGUCCUCGUCACCAUGGGAUUGUGGCAAAUGAAGCAUCUGAAAAGCUUCUUCGAGGCUAAGAAAUUAGUUUAAACUAACUGUAUUUAAUUCAUCGUAAAGUUGUGGCGCCCUUGGUACGGCGUAGGCGCGUCGUGACGUCUCACGAACAAUGAGUGGAAGUAAUCUGUUUGUAUGAUUCGAAAUAAAUUUUGUGGGGAACAAAGAAAUCAGUCUGCCUUGCAAUGAAA